AUGGCCACGGCAGCAGUAUCCACCCCCCUCAAGUCCCACAAGGGGCUGUUCUCCUCUCGCACCGCGGGCGGACGGAUGCCUCUCACGCCGUCACCCCGGUUGUCUUCGGCGAACACGUCGGUCUCGAUCAACCUGCCCUCGUCGCCGUCUCCAUACACGGCCGAGGGACAGGCCACCAACGACUGCCGUGCAGCGUCAAAGUCGUCGACGUACGGUGGAAACCUCUUGUCUCACGUCUCGCGGUCCGGGGCCAAGCCUGGCCACCGGGAGUCGCCCAAGUUCAACAUCGCUCGCGCCGUUCAGACCCCCCGCAGGGCGCUCGAGCUGGGCGUGUCCGACUUCACGCUGACGGGAACGGGCAAGACGCCCGCGAGCUCCAAGUCGAGGAAGACGCAGCUGCGGCAGAAGCUGCAGAAGACGACGCUCAGCUACGGCGCCGACCGUUUCAUCCCCAACCGAGGGGCCAGCUCGGCCAUCUCCAACGUCGGCUCCAGCAAGCUCGCGGCGAGUGACCGGCAACGAGGCAAGAACAGGGACGUCGACAGCUCGUCGGUGCUCUCGUCGGCGGCCGACGACGCGGCGGCGGCGCUCGAGGGCCUGAACAUCAACGACGACGACGACGAGGCCGACGGCUACGCGCGGCCGUCGCCCAACACGGUUGCCUACCAGGAUUCCCUGGCCAACGCGUGCGGGGUCAAGCUGAACACGAGGAUCCUCGAGUUCAAGCCGGCGCCGCCCGAGUCGUCCAAGCCCAUCGACCUGCGCCAGCAGUACAACCGACCGCUGAAGCCGGCGACGGCCAGCUCGGCCCAGCUGCGGCGACGGAUCGCGACGGCGCCCGAGCGCGUGCUCGACGCGCCCGGCCUCAUCGACGACUACUACCUCAACCUGCUCGACUGGAGCGUCAACAACCAGGUGGCCAUCGGGCUCGAGCGCAGCGUCUACGUCUGGUCCGCCGACGAGGGUAGCGUCAGCUGCCUGCUCGAGAGCCAGGCCGACACGUACGUCAGCAGCGUCAAGUGGUCCGACGACGGCGCCUACGUCGGCGUCGGCCUCGGCACCGGCGAGGUGCAGAUCUGGGACGUGGCCGAGAAGCAGAAGAUCCGCAGCAUGUUCGGCCACGAGACGCGGGUCGGCGUCAUGGGCUGGAGCAAGCACACGCUCUCCACCGGGGCCCGGAGCGGCCUCGUCUUCAACCACGACGUCCGCGUGGCCGACCACAAGGUGGCCGAGCUCGUCUCGCACACGUCCGAGGUUUGCGGCCUCGAGUGGCGGUCGGACGGCGCCCAGCUCGCGACGGGCGGCAACGACAACCUCGUGUCCAUCUGGGACGCGCGGUCGCUGUCGGUGCCCAAGUUCACCAAGACCAACCACAAGGCGGCCGUCAAGGCGCUCGCCUGGUGCCCCUGGAACAUGAACCUGCUCGCCACCGGCGGCGGUUCCUACGACCGCCACAUCCACUUCUGGAACUCGACCUCGGGCGCCCGCGUCAACAGCAUCGACACCGGCUCCCAGGUCACGUCCCUGCGCUGGAGCCCCCACCACCGGGAGAUUGUGAGCUCCAGCGGCUUCCCCGACAACUCGCUCAGCAUCUGGAGCUACCCGACGCUCGUCCGCAACGUCGAGAUCCCCGCCCACGAGAGCCGGGUCCUGCACAGCUGCCUGAGCCCCGACGGCCAGAUGCUGGCGACGGCCGGUGCGUCCACCUCUCUCCCUCCCUCCCUUCCGCCUUGGCCUCUGCGAAUGCUGACAGUCACGCUAGCGGCCGACGAAAGCUUGAAGUUUUGGAAGAUCUUCGAGAAGAAGGCUGGCGGCGCCGGCGCCAUCGGCGGUGCCGGCGCCUCGACCAAGGCCAGCGCGGUGAAGCAGAUGACCAUCAGGUAG